ACGGCGGUGCCUCCGGCUGCACCUCAGAACCAGCAGCACAGAGGCACGGGGAGAUGAAGACUCUCUUCCUCAUCCCAGGGGCAGCCAUGGAGAAGAGCUACGUGUCCGUGUUCCUGCUGCUCGUGGCCAUCUCCUGCGUUCUGGCAAAAGAUAUAGGCAAGAAGGAGACGAAGGAGACUAGCACUAAACCAAAACUGCCUCAAACACUCUCCAGAGGCUGGGGGGACCAGCUCAUCUGGACGCAGACGUACGAGGAAGCCCUCUUCCGCUCCAAGAACAGCAAUAAGCCCCUGAUGAUUAUCCACCACCUGGAUGACUGCCCACACAGCCAAGCACUCAAGAAGGUCUUUGCUGAACAUAAGGAAAUACAGAAAUUGGCUGAAAAAUUCAUUCUCCUGAACCUUGUGUACGAAACCACAGACAAGAACCUUGCACCUGAUGGCCAGUACGUCCCUCGGAUUUUGUUCAUUGAUCCUUCCCUGACUGUGAGAGCGGAUAUUACUGGAAGAUACUCAAACCGUCUCUAUGCAUAUGAGCCCUCUGACAUUUCUCUGUUGUAUUCAAAUAUGCAGAAAGCACUGAAGCUGCUGAAGACUGAGCUGUAAUGAGGAGGAAGAUGCCCUGAAAGACCACUAAGUCUGGUUUUUACCUCUUCUCCACUCGUUCACACUGCUGAAGAGACUAUUUAGUGAUAUUUAGUAAUGUAUAGUGCUGGUUUAUGAACAUAAACACUAGUUUUAUGUUAGCACUUCUGUACAGGGCAGCAUUUUUAAAAGCUGGAGGCUUUUAAUUUAAGACAUACAGGAGAACACUGUAUGACCCAAUUGUACAAAUGAUUUUUUUUAAUAAAUUCAUUUCAAAUGUUUACAUACAAAAUGUUGCUGUGUUCUUUAUUCCUCCCUAUUAUCUAUCACUAUUGAAGUAAAAUCAGCAUUACUUACUUCCACAGCUUGCUAUGUUCUAUCCAAGCAGCUUUUUGUCUGCAGUUUUAGCAGCUACUAAAGCUCCAUUCCUCAGCACGCUUUCUCUUCAUUCAUUUUCUUGUAACAGGACCCUAUGUCCAGCUCUCAUUACCAGUCCUUUCUUUACAGUUAGAUAAGAAGUGCAGAUCUUUUACAAAACCUUUCUAUGCUUACAGUUAAUUGUGUGGUAACAUGCCUAAUGCCUGAGCCUUUAAGAAGGGGAACACAUUUUCAAAACAUUUUCAAUCAUCUGAGAUAAGAGGAUGUGAUUGUCUAUGUGUGAUACUGUUUUUAAAACUGGCUGCCUCUGAAGUGAUUGGAGGUUCGCCAUUUCUACAUAAGGCUAU